GGGGGGGGCUGUUUUCACACACUGCUUCGGCUCCUUCGUUGACACUCAGUCUCAGCAGUAGGAAGGAGGCGAGAAGGCGCAUCCCUUCCCUUGCCUGGACUGCAAGGGACGGCUGCUCUCCCUUGGCUGACCUCCUGUUUCCUUCUCUCUGAGACAGACUUGCUGAGGCAGGCGUCCCAAGUCGCUGGAAUUCAAAGUAUCCAUAACUAAACUGGUUGACUUACACGUCCUUGAUGACUCAAAUAUGGAACCCAUAUCUUUCAAAGUUAAAAAUCCUGAAGCAGCCAGUGAUGGCUCUGUUGACUUCAGUCUUCAGCUCGUAGGCUCUCUGCCAGUACAUUCACUAACAACCAUGCCAGUGCUUCCUUGGAUUGUGGCAGAAAUUCGGCGGAUCAGUGCACAUUCUUUGAAAGAAGAGGAAAGCAUCAGCCAAAUCCGGCUUUAUGUCUCACCAACCAGGCUGCGAUGUGAAGCAGACACGGGAAAAAGCCAGCAGUGGGAUCCUCUGAUUUGUUCCAGCAUCUUCGAGUGUAGACCUCAACAUGUCCACAAACUGAUUCACAAUAGUCAUGAUCCAAGUUACUUUGCUUGUUUAAUAAAGGAUGGAACAAUAAACCAGCGAAGUAUUUGUUACGUUUUCAAAGCUGAUGAUCAGACAAAAGUGCCUGAGAUUAUAAGCACCAUCAGACAAGCUGGGAAGAUUGCACGUCAAGAAGACUUUCAGAAUAACCUUUCAGAUGUUGAAGAUCCUUUCAGCAAAAAGUUUGAAGUGCUGUUCUGCGGCCGAGUAACAGUAGCACACAAAAAUGCACCCCCAGCACUCAUAGAUGAAUGUAUUGAAAAAUUUAAUGAUGUUAGUGACACCAAAAAUGUGGACUCGGAUUCAUUUUCCCAACAACAUGAAACUAGUGCCAACCACUCUGGAGGAUUUUCCAUAAGUGAUAAAUUCCGAUCUGUCUUCCAACCCUUGGUUAAUGAAGAACAGGAGAAGAGGCCAAUGAGGAAAUCCUACUCUCAGCCUGGAUUGCGUUCUCUUGCUUUCAAAAAAGAUUUGCAGGCUGCAAACCCAAGGAGUCACAGCUUUGUCAGAUCCUUUGAUGAUGAUGUUGCACUGAACUUAAAAAGUCAAUUUAUCAAAGGGCAAAAUGUGCAGCCUACAGAUAUUGCGGGGAACCGGAUUAUGUUGUUCACGAUUGGCCAGUCUGAAGUUUACAUCAUUAGUCCUGACACCAAAAAAGUUGUUAUUGAGAAAAGCUUUAAGGAAAUUUCCUUUUGUUCUCAGGGAAUCAGGCAUGUGGACCACUUUGGUUUUAUCUGCAGGGAGUCAUCAGAAAAUAGAGGGUUCCAUUUUGUCUGUUACGUGUUUCAGUGUACAGAUGAAGCCCUGGUUGAUGAAAUCAUGAUGACUUUGAAGCAGGCAUUUACAGUAGCUGCUAUCCAACAAAACCCCAAAGCACAACUCCAGUUCUGUGACAAGUGUCCCAUGCAGAGCCUUCAUAAACUCUGUGAAAAAAUAGAAGGGAUGCAUCCUUCUAAGACUAAACUAGAACUCCAAAAGCAUCUAACAACACUGAAUAAUGAAGAGCAGGUUUCAGUCUUCGAGGAAGUUCAGAAAAUAAGGCCAAGAAAUGAACAGAAAGAGAAUGAGUUAAUAAUCUCAGUCUUGAGAAGUAUGUAUGAAGAUAAACAAAAGGAUCACGUUCAUCUUAGUGAAUCCAAGCAGACCUCACAGUCUUCAGUAGAGGCCAUGGGAAAUGAAAUGCCAAGCAACACACCCCGUUUCCGACUAGAUAUGUUGAAAAGCAAAGCUAAAAGAUCACUAACAGAGUCAUUAGAAAGUAUUUUAUCUCGAGGUAAUAAAAGUAAAAAUCAGCUUGAAAGUUCUGAAAGUAUUGACUUGGACAGCUCUUUAUCAAGCACAAUAAGCACAACAAGCAAAGUAACAUCUGUGUGUGAAGGAGAGGACCUCCUUCCCAUAGAGAGUCCUGUGAAGGCAAAUGGAUCUGUAAACAAUGUCCUUAUUGAGUCAGAAAGUGCGUGCACUGAGCAGUCUGCAAAAGCAGCUUACCAGGGUUUUAGACGGCGAGCAAAUACCCUGACCCACGUUCCAACAGAAAACCAAGAUUGUUCAGAACCUACAGAAGCAUCUCCACCUGUUCCUCAAAGGAAACUUAUGAGGUAUCAUUCUGUGGGCACAGAGACUCCUCACCAGCAAACCAGCUCUAACACUUCUGCUGAUAAGUCAAUGCCAGCUCGUCCUCUUUCUCCUCCUCCUCCAGCUCAUCUUAAACCCUCGGCCUCCUCACCCAAUUUCUUAAAACAUCUUAGGCCUAAUUCAAGUGGAGAACAAACCAGGCGUACUAUGCCAAAGAGCACCUCCUACCGUUCUACUCUACGGAAAAAACUUCACUCUUCCUCUUCUGUGCCAAACUUCUUAAAAUUUCUGGCUCCUGUAGAUGAAAAUAACACCUCUGACUUUAGGAACAUGAAAAGUGACUACAAGCCCACGUCAAGUGAAGCAGAUUCUUUCCACGAAAGUCCUGUAAGAACUCGUCGACAUUCAUGGAGACAGCAGAUAUUUCUAAGAGUAGCAACACCACAAAAAGGAUGUGAUUCUACCAGCUGGCAUGAUGACUAUUCUGAAUUGGGAGAACUUCCACCCAGGUCACCACUGCAACCACUUUGUGAAGAUGGCCCCUUUAGGACAAUCAAAGAAGAGAGGAAAAGGUCAUCCAAAGAGCUCCGGGAACUAUGGCAAAAAGCCAUUUUACAGCAGAUACUACUACUUAGGAUGGAAAAGGAAAACCAGAAGUUGCAAGCUUCUGAAAACAAUCUCUUAAACAAACGUUUGAAGCUCGACUAUGAGGAAAUCACCCCAUGCCUCAAAGAAGUAACUUUGAUUUGGGAAAAAAUGUUAGGGACACCAGGAAGAUCAAAAAUGAAGUUUGACAUAGACAAAAUACAUUCUGCUGUUGGGAAAGGAGUCCCUAAGCAUCACCGAGGUGAGAUCUGGAAGUUUUUGGCAGAACAACACCAGCUUAACCACCAGUUUACCAGCAAACAACAACCAAAGGAUACACCUUAUAAAGAACUCUUAAAACAGUUAACCUCCCAGCAGCAUGCAAUACUUAUUGACCUAGGACGCACCUUUCCAACACAUCCAUAUUUCUCUGCACAGCUUGGGGCUGGGCAACUGUCCCUGUACAACAUCUUGAAGGCGUACUCCCUCCUGGAUCAGGAAGUAGGCUAUUGCCAGGGCCUUAGCUUUGUAGCAGGUGUGCUGUUGCUUCACAUGAGUGAAGAAGAGGCUUUCAAGAUGCUCAAGUUCCUUAUGUUUGAUAUGGGCCUUAGGAAGCAGUAUCGACCUGACAUGACAAUUUUACAGAUCCAAAUGUAUCAACUUUCUCGACUUCUUCAUGAUUACCACCGAGACCUCUACAAUCACUUUGAAGCCCAUGAAAUUGGGCCCAGUUUAUAUGCCGCCCCCUGGUUUCUUACCAUGUUUGCCUCUCAGUUUCCCCUGGGAUUUGUGGCUAGAGUAUUUGACAUACUGCUUCUCCAGGGAUCGGAAGUGAUAUUUAAAGUGGCUUUAAGCCUGCUGGGAAGCCAUAAGCCCUUGAUUCUGCAGCAUGAAAACCUGGAAACUAUAGUUGACUUUAUUAAAUGUAUUCUUCCAAACCUGGGCUUGGUACAGAUGGAAAAGACUAUUAAUCAGGUAUUUGAGAUGGAUAUCUCUAAACAACUUCAGGCUUACGAAGUUGAAUAUCAUGUACUUCAGGAUGAACUGAUAGAUUCUUCUCUCAGUGACAAUCAGAGGAUUGAUAAGUUAGAAAAAGGAAACAACAGUUUACGUCAACAAAAUAUUCGCCUCCUUGAAGACUUACAGGUGGCAAAUGACAAGAUCCAAAACCUAGAGGCCAUGAUCGAGAUAUUGCUGAAUAAUGAAAGCAAGCAGAAGCAGACAAUCCUCACUCUGGAACUGGAAAGGAAAACACUGCUAGAGACCGUGACAGAGCUGCGCAUGGGCUCACCGGUUCCCAGCGGGAAAUCUCUUCUUACCCGACAAGAGCAUUUAGAUGCUUCCAACUGACAGUGAAAAAUACUGUGGAGGUAGAAAGGUCAACAGUGACCAAAAGGGAAGAAUCAUCUGAAAUCAUUAUUGGAAACAUUCACAUUGUUCAUGCCUUAACUCUGGUUGAAUGAAACAAAGACUUUGCACAAAAGAUAAGCAUGUCUCUAGCAGAGGAAAUGCCUGUUUGUUCUAAAAAUCAUUUUUUAUGGAUCUAUAUAUAUGCAAUAUAAUGAGCGGGGAAAAAAACAUUUUGCUGCCUUUCUUCUUUAUACAUUGCCAGUCCAUUUUAAACACUUUUGGUUUUAGACUCCUCUGUUACGUUCUUCUCUACCAAAGGGCUUCAUGUUGCUUAUACAAUGAACAUUCAAAACACUCCUCUUAAAUUAUCACAUAAUGCAAAGUUGCUAAAGAAUUACAGCACUGGAGCUCCUGGACUGAUUUCUUACACCUGUUUAACAGGCUACAAAAUAUUCAUAUGCAAUUUGAAUUUUUAUUUUUAUGAUACUUUUCUUGCUCUUUGCCUGAAGUGGAAUUGUGUCCUGCUUAUAUUCAUACUGAGUUUUUUUUAAUGUCCUAUUGCCCGAAGAUAUUGACAGAGUGAACUCCAGCAAGCCAAAUUUCAUUAUGUAACUUUUGGGGUUGCCUUCUGUUGUUAGAAAUGUUGUAUUUUAAUUGAGGGGGAUUUGGUUGGCAUUUAACAUCUUGGCAUUACAGGUUAAUGGAUCAAACUUAGAUCAUCACUACUUUUCUCCCUCUCUCUAAUGUAUACUGGCAAGGUUUGAUACUCUCACAUCAUUAUGAUGUGGCAUGCCUUAAAAUGUUAUUUUAUUUAUUUUUUUAAAUCAUUGUGUGUUUGUAAGCAUUUGGCUUCCAAGUGAAAAUGUAAUAACUAUAUCUUUUAAUGUUAAGAAUUAAUUGGUCAGAAAUCACCCUGAUUGCAAUCUUUUCAUAUAUUAGUAAAGGUAAAGGUUUUCCCUUGACAAGAA